UUCACAGGAACAGACUGAGGAGGAGCAGAAGGGCUCGCAGCAUGCAGGUUAUAGAAACAAACUCGGGGUGAUCCCAGUCUGGACUCCCUGUCUUUGUUUUCCGCUCUGACCGGGGCCCGGGAGGAGAUGAGUGCUCGGGAUGGGACUGUGCCUCGGUACCGAAGUAACAGAGGAGGAGAAGAAGGCGAGGACACACAGUGCCAAGAUAGACAGAGACCUGUAUGAAUACGCCAAACGGGAGAUGAAUGUAGUUAAAAUACUCUUGCUAGGUGCAGCGGAGAGCGGUAAAAGCACUCUGGUCAAACAGAUGAAGAUCAUUCACAGUAAUGGAUUCACCAAACAAGAGCUAACCAGCUUCAAGCCUGCAGUGCUAGAUAACCUCCUGACCUCCAUGAAGUUUGUCCUCCAUGGCAUGGGCGUCCUCCGGAUCAACCUGGCUAACAGCAGGAACAAGGUCCACGCCCAUUCUGUCCUGUCGUGUGGGCGGUGUUUUGACGAAGAACAGGUGCUGUUUCCUUUCCUGAGCCAUGCCCUGUCCUGUCUGUGGACUGACCAGGGGGUGAGGGCCGCGGCGGCCCGGGGAUACGAGUACGAGCUUAAUGACUCAGCGCUGUAUUUCUUUGAGAACAUGGCCCGCAUUGCGUCUCCAGACUACGUGCCCACAGAGACUGACGUUCUGCGAGUACGACUGAGGACGACGGGUGUGAUAGAGACCCAGUUCAAAGUCAGCCACCUCAUUUUCAGGAUGUACGAUGUUGGAGGCCAGAGAACUGAGCGGAGGAAGUGGAUUAGUUGUUUCGAGGAUGUCAGGGCGGUGCUGUUCGUGGUGUCGCUCAGCGGUUACGACAUGACCCUGGUGGAGGACCCCUCCAUGAAUCGUCUGCAAGAGAGCAUGAAGCUCUUCUCCUCCAUCUGCAACAAUGUCUUCUUCCGCAGCACGUCCAUGAUUUUAUUCAUGAACAAGAUAGACCUUUUUCAAGACAAGAUUUUACACUCUGGACGACAUCUGCGGUUAUACCUGCCACAGUUUAAAGGUGCAGACUGUGACGUGGAUUCGGCCGCCCGUUUCAUUGCCGCCACUUUUGUUUCCCUCAACGCCAUGCCCAGCAAACUCAUCUACCACCACUUCACCACGGCGACCGACACCUCCAACAUCCAGGUCGUCUUCCAGGUGGUUAUGGACACGAUAAUCAAAGAGAACCUGGAGGCAGUGUCACUUCUGUGACUGCCAGUCACAGAAAACUGAGAUGUCACUGGACAGUCAGUCCUGCCGGUCUUUGGAUGUGUCAUUUUAAAAGACUAACACAGCAAAAAAAAAACAAAAAAAACAAUAGGCAUUGAACACAACAUGGAGAUCAUCUAAUCCACGUGAACUGUCUGUUUUCUCUCUUAAGGUGCAGCCUGGGAACUCUGAUGCUCUUUGUUGCAUUUCAUCCUCUCUGAUGCUUGAUUUCAUGUAGCUUUGAAAAACGCAUUAAAGGAAGAGGACCUCUCAGCCAAUCCUUUGUUUUGGGGUUGAGCCCUGAAACAUUGACUUCUGUCAAGAGUAAUGGGCAUUUAUAUUUUUGUACUGUACAAUGAAAUUAGACAAUGAACAGAGACGCUUUCUGAAGACUUGAUAUAUAGUGCCAUUUAUUUCCCUGUCUCUUCUCGUGUGUGUGUGUGCGUGUGUGUGUGUGCGUGCGUGCGUGGGCGCAGGACACAGAGGUGGUGACAAUUUACUGUUUGUCCGUUACUUCCUUGGCGCAGGGUUCACUCAUGCAUACCGUCGUGUGUUUUCCGCUCAUUCAUCACUGUGUCUCUGCUUUGCACAUCCUGUGCGUCACACCCUCCUAAUGAGCCGGUGAUCACUGCAAAAGCACCCUAGUUUGUGUUGACUCUCCCUCAGAUGAAAUCAUCCACACACGUUCAUUUUAAUCUGCAUCUUCACUUUGUUCCCCUGACUCUUACCAGUCAGCGAUGACGCUGGGAAACUUUAAUAAUGGAAAUGGGAGUGUAUGUAAAGAAACAUCCCUGAA